AUGUUCACAGGAACUUUACGGGUGAAAAUAUGUGAGGCCGAGGGCCUCAGGCCGACGGAUUUCUCAAAACGCCACACUUUCGGGAAGACAGACGAACAACUUCUGGAUCCUUAUGUGACCAUUGAUGUAGAUGAUACUCCUGUUGCUCAGUCCACCAGCAAACAGAAGACAUUUGAUCCUGUUUGGAAUGAAUACUUUGAACAUCAAGUGGAACAUGCCAAGAUGCUGACGUUAACGGUAUUUCAUGAUGCUGCUAUACCGCCAGACGUCUUUGUCGCCAAUGUUUCCAUUCCAUUUGAGGAUCUUCUCAACAGAGAAAGAGAUGAAUCCGAUUUUUGGGUGAAUUUAGAGCCCAAAGGACGUUUGCACAUUAGGAUAGAUUUGAAAGUUACAUCGAAUGAAUAUGGCGCAAAACCAAGAGAAUUCAAAGAACGUCAGGGCUUCAACAGGAGACGUGGUGCUAUGCGUAGAAGGGUCCAUCAGGUUAAUGGCCACAAGUUCAUGGCCACUUUCCUACGACAGCCUACAUUUUGUUCCCACUGUAAACUUUUCAUUUGGGGUGUGUUGGGCAAACAAGGGUAUCAAUGUCAAGUAUGCACUUGUGUUGUUCACAAGAAGUGCCAUCAUACAGUUGUUACAAAAUGUCCUGGGAUGCAAGAUGAGUCGAGUCAAAGCACUGGAUUCAAAGUAAAUGUACCACAUCGAUUUGUAGUACAUAACUACAAACGUUUUACCUUUUGUGAUCAUUGUGGAUCACUGUUAUAUGGACUGAUUAAGCAAGGACUUCAGUGUGAAGCAUGUUCGUUGAAUGUCCACAAACGUUGUCAAAAAAAUGUUGCAAACAAUUGUGGGAUCAAUACGAAACAAAUGGCAGAAGUCUUAACACAAAUGGGUAUUUCACCUGAUAUACAGACACCAAGACGAAGUAAAUUGAUGUCUGGAUCUGGUGGAAAUGGUGAAAGGCAAGAAGGAUCCCCGGAUAAUUCGAAUGCAAGUUGUGAUACAACAAGCGAAGAUCUGUCCAAAACUAUGGAGGAAAAAAUGUCUAAUAGUGAUGAAUCUACCACCAAGAAAUCAAUCGGACUGAACGACUUUCAUUUCGCAAAAGUAUUGGGAAAGGGAAGCUUCGGUAAGGUGAUGCUGGCUGAAAAGAAAAACUCCGAUGAAGUAUACGCUAUAAAAGUUCUGAAAAAAGAUGUAAUCAUACAAGACGAUGAUGUCGACUGCACAAUGACGGAAAAACGAAUCCUAGCUCUGGCAGCUAACCAUCCCUUUCUCACUGCAAUACACUCCUGCUUUCAAACCAAAGACAGACUGUUUUUCGUCAUGGAAUACGUCAACGGUGGCGAUUUGAUGUUCCAAAUACAACGUGCCAAGAAAUUCGACGAACCUCGAGCAAGAUUUUAUGCUGCUGAAGUAACAUUAGCGCUACAGUUUCUGCACAAACAUGGCGUCAUUUAUAGGGACUUGAAACUAGACAAUAUACUACUAGAUGCUGAAGGACAUUGUAAACUUGCCGAUUUUGGCAUGUGUAAAGAAGGUAUAUUGGACGGCAUUACUACGUCGACGUUUUGUGGUACUCCAGAUUAUAUUGCCCCAGAGAUUUUGCAGGAACUAGAAUACGGGGCCAGCGUCGACUGGUGGGCCCUCGGCGUGCUCAUGUACGAGAUGAUGGCCGGCCAGCCGCCCUUCGAGGCCGACAACGAGGACGACCUGUUCGAGUCCAUCCUGCACGACGACGUGCUCUAUCCGGUGUGGCUGAGCCGGGAGGCCGUCAGCAUCCUGAAGGGCUUCAUGACCAAGAACCCGAGCAAGCGGCUGGGCUGCGUGGUGUCGCAGGGCGCCGAGGCCGCUAUCCAGGCGCAUGCGUUCUUCAAGGACAUGGACUGGGCGGCGUUGGAGCAGCGCAGGGUCAAGCCCCCGUUCCGGCCGAGAAUUAAAAGUAGAAAAGAUGUGACAAAUUUCGAUGCUGAAUUUACAAGAGAAGAGCCCGUUUUAACACCAGUCAGCAAUCAAGUUCUACAGUCAAUCAAUCAGGAUGAAUUUAGGGGAUUCUCAAUAAUUAACAGAGAUUUCAAUCCAUCUCGAUUUGUAGUAGAAUGA